UGUUUAGAUUCCUUUUUCUUUUUAAUUUAUUUUUAAUAAGAAACUUAUAAGACGUAUAUUAGAAACACAACAGAGGACGUUUGUGUUGUGAUUCGUGAAUUCAUUUUAAAGUUGUAUAAUUUGUAUCAUGUUGAAACGAGCCACUUGCAAAUUUUGAAUCUAUGCAAUAUACUGAACUGGCGAAGUUACUCACGAUCCACCAAGAAACUGUUGGAUACAACGUUGGCAAGGCAAUUCGGCUGUUGGAAAUUCCCCCAAAGUAGAGGUCGUUCUCAUCACAUUUGGUGCCUUGCAGUACAAUUCUGCAUCAUCCAGCACAUGGAAACCGUAGAACCUGACUUUUGUUGGAUUUUUGAUGGGGGGGUUCUAAAAAAUUAUUUGAGAAAAAAAGAGCGUGUUUUUUAAAUCCUAAACCACCUUGGCCAGAAUUUUCUUUGGUGCAGGAUUUUCUUCGCAUAUUUCAUAAUCCUCUUGGAUAAAGAUGGCUCUUCAGAUUUGAGUGUUCUGCCUGGGACAAGCUUCUUCUUGUUUCCAAGAAGAUUCAUAGCGAUCCUCAAUGGCACCGACAUCUUACAUUUUCCUCCGACACCUUGCUUUCAGUUUCCAUUCCUCAUGACUUUUGCAUGCCUACAAUCCAUACAUUUUUUCAAGGUUGAAACAUUGUCAACCUCAGCUGAGGCUGCAGAAUAUUGGAGAAGGCACUUUCUUUUUGACCUACCAUGAGACAUCCUGUUUUGGAUUAUUGCUCCUUGACAUCACUUAGUUCAUACACAAGGUUUUGCUUUUAUAUAUAUGGAGGAUGAGAGAGAUGCUGAGGAUGCCAUUCGUGCACUUGAUCGGCGAGAAUUUGGCCGAAAGGGUCGUAGACUACGUGUUGAGUGGACCAAACAAGAGCGUGGGAUUAGAAGACCAGGUGGAGGUGGUGGUGGAGGUGGAGGAGGAGGAGGUUCAAGGAGAUCCUCUACUAAUACAAGACCUUCAAAGACUUUGUUUGUUAUCAACUUUGACCCAUAUCAUACUAGAACAAGGGAUUUAGAGAGGCACUUCGAUCCUUAUGGUAAGAUAUUGAGUGUAAGGAUUCGAAGGAAUUUUGCAUUUGUCCAGUAUGAAUUGCAGGAGGAUGCCACUAGAGCAUUGGAGCUGACAAACAUGAGCAAAUUGAUGGAUAGAGUGAUUUCAGUGGAAUAUGCUGUCAGAGAUGAUGAUGAUAAGAGAAAUGGAUAUAGUCCUGAUAGGAAUCGUGAUAGGUCUCCUGAUAGGAAAAGGCGAUCCCCAAGUCCCUAUAGAAGAGAGCGAGGAAGCCCUGAUUAUGGAAAUGGUAUUAGCCGCAGUCCAUAUAGGAGACAAAGAGCUAGUCCUGAUUAUGGUAGCCGUCGUAGUCCAAGUCCUUAUCAGAGAGAGAGGGAGAGGGGUUCUCCUGAUUAUGGUCGAGGUCGUAGUCCCAAUCAUAGUCCUUAUAGGAGGGAGAGAGAGAGAUCGAGCGACCAUGUUAGGGGGGCCCCCAGCAAUAGACCUACCCAUCAGAGGGAAAGACCAAAUGAUGACCGAGUCCCCAACCGAAGUCCUAGUCCUUACGGGAGAGAGAGGGAGAAGGGGAGUCCUACUGAAGGACGUGGCACUAGCUACAGUCCUCGUGAUAGAGAGAGGUCGUCAAACCCUGACAAUGGUCAUGAUCAUGGCCAUGAUCAGCAGCAGAACACGGUACCCGAACCUGGUGAGAGCCCCAAUUAUGGUGACACCCAGAGCCCGAAGCAUCGGGGAUAUAGCAGCCGUUCACCUCAAGCAGAGGAAUGAUGAGGAGAUCUAGGAAUUGAGAAAUGAUGUUGAUUUCAAACUGCUUCAAAGAGUAUGUUUAGUUGUAUAAUCAGUGUCAGUGGCGAACAUGUAUUCUAAGGACAAUGUUUUGUUAUUUCCAAAUACAUUUAUGCUUCAGUUUC